CGUGAGGCGCUUGCCCUCCUUUCUCAAACGGAUACAGCGCAUACUCGAAGGCAUGGUUUCCGUUGCGGGAUCGUGCGAUCGUCUAUCCGAGCUGUACACAAUUUGAUUACUGGCGAUCGCAUGAGCGGCUGCACUCGCUCCUGAGGCGCUUGGCAACACCCACGAUGAGGCUUUCACACGCGUGGUUCCUUUUCGUCGCUCAUUGGGCAUCCGCUGCAUCGGUGCCACUUAAAGAUGAUAUCACAGACAGUCAGCUGGACAUCUGCGCUGCUGUGAUUUGCCGCCCCGGAAGAGUUUGCCGGAUAUUGGACAACGGCCUAGCGUCGUGCCAGUGUGUUCAGCACUGCCCAUCCCACUACAAACCCGUAUGCGGAACUAACGGAGUGACGUACGAUAACCACUGCCAGCUCCACAAAGACGCAUGCGUCAGGCAAAAACACAUAUCCAUCAAGCACAAGGGAGUCUGCAAGAAGUCUAAAGUCAAGCAGUCUCAUCACAAGUAUCACCAGAAGCCAGUUGUUUGCUUCCAACAUGAAAGGGAUCGCAUUCGAAGGCACUUUGUGGAACUUCUGGAAUCUGAGGUUUCACAUGACAGGCACUACCCGAGGGUUGUGGAUGACGUUUUUGACACCUGCGAUAAUGACGCUGAUGACUUCCUGAGCACGCAUGAGCUUUCAAAGUGUGUGCGGCGAAACAACACAAUGUUCCAUUCGUGGCUCAAACACAGAGGAGAACUGGCCACAACACUCUGCAUUGAUGCCAUGGUAGAGGUUGCAGACAAGAACUCAGAUUGGCUGCUUUCUCGGCGAGAGUUCCAGAGUUUCAUGCGGCCGUCUUACCGCCCACCUGUCAAAAGUUGCCCAUUGGAGGACCGCUAUUAUAAAGACGGUGAUGAAAUAAUGAUUGACUGCAGCAAUUGCGUCUGUGCUGGCGGCAACUGGUCUUGUGUUAGCUUCCCCUGUGAAUUGAAGGCACCCAAGCACAAGAAAGGUCACCAUCACAAGAAAAAUAACAAUAUCUCUGAUUAAAUGUACGCGCGAUGUUUACCUGUCACUGAUCAACUUGAAAGUUCAAACUAUGCAUUAUGUGCAUUUCAAUCAACGUUACGUUUGAGGAGAAUAUGGACAUCUACAUUUUUUGAACAGUUUGUAUAACAUUUAUAUUGUUGAAUAAAU